AUGGCUGGAGUUUUCAUUUUCAGAAACAUCUUCUCCUUUUCUCUCUCAGUUCUCUAUGCUCUAUUUCUAAUUUCAAAUCCCUCUUCUUCUCUCUCAUUCACUCGAACCCUACCAAACAGCCCCAACUUCGAUUCCGAAACUGCCCUCUUCGGCGACGCCGGGGUGAUCAUCAUCGACGACGGCCAGCCUUGCGUGAAACUCACGCGGCCAUCAACCUCGAGCACGGGGCUUCUCAUGCGCACAGAACCCUUCAAGUUCCUGGAUGCAAAACAGCCGACCUCUUUCUCUACGGAGUUCUCUUUCUCGAUCUCCCCUGGUAACAGUAGCGAUGAGGGUAAUGGGGACGGCAUUGUUCUCAUUUUCGUAGCUGGAGAAUCAUGGUCAAAAUGGUCGACGGUCGAAGGAGGCUCAUUCGCGCUCUCCAAAGAAAACAGAUUGACGGGCAAUGUAGGUGACCAGCACGCCGAUGACGUAGAAAUCAGUUUGAACGACUUCGACUCCUCUUUGAACUUGGUGCUAAGUAAUGGAGACAAGUUCAAGUCUUGGAUCGAUUACGAUGCGAGUUCGAAGAGACUGGAGGUUAGGCUGAGUAAAUCCGGGGACAGGAGACCGUACAGUCCCAUAAUUUGGCGUGCGGUUUAUUUGGCUGGAAUGCUGGGGGACGAGGACGUGCGCGUGGGCAUAGCUUCGCGGAACGGGAACUCGUCGCAGAGCGCGAGCAUAUAUUCGUGGAGAUUUAGGGUGCGAAAGUAUCCGUAUUCGAUGCACUCGUUUCCGGUGGAUCCGCAAGGAUAUGUUGUAAAGGACGAGGAGGAGCGCGGCGAGCGGGUGAGGAAGGUGAAGAGGAGUGGUUGUGUGCUGACAAUGAUGAGGGGGUUGAUUUUGGCAACGGUGUUUGGGGCGUUGGUGACUUUUGGAGCGCUGUUUUUGUGGGGAAUGCUUGUAAGUAGGCGCGAGGCUGGCUGUCCCGUCUAUGCUGCCGAUUUCGGGUACAAGAAGGUCGAUGUAGUUGUUGAGGAAAAUAGUGAUGGGUUGAAAAAGAAGGGGGAUGAAACUAAUGCAUGA